AUGAAGCCAAUCUCUCUCAUUGUUAGCGCAGCGGCUAUCUCCAAGGUUUAUGGCCAUGGAGGUUUAUACAAUUAUACCAUUGACGGCGUGGAGUACCCUGGGCAUUACCCCUGGCUCCCGGAAGAAGGCCAGGUGUCGAUCCAGCGCCGCUGGUGGCCCGACCCAAUCUAUCGGGCAGACCACCCCUAUCUCGCCUGCAACCGAGGAAAUCCUCUCGCUACUAGUAUCACCAAACUACAUGCGACUGUACGGCCCGGUAGCGAGGUUAUAGCCUCUUAUUACCCACCUCUAUGUCCCACCUCGCCGCCUGUCCCGUUCCCAAAAACGCCAUCGGUGCCAAAUUACGACGAGGAAGACCCGCCCAUGAAAUGUUCCGGGCCGGAGUAUACAUGGGUACACAGCCAGGGACCGAUGAUGGUGUAUAUGGCGGAUUGUCAAGGACCCUGCGAUGAAUGGGAUGGCACUGGGAAGCGCUGGUUUAAAAUCUGGGAGGCAGGCUACAACCCUAAGGGAUGGGAGGGUGCCUAUGAGUACGGCACGGAUAAGCCCAUCUCAACCAAGGACCGGUGGUGGCAAGAUUAUGUAAUAGAACGCGGAGACACCACUGGUGCUUGGAACAUCACCAUUCCUAACCUGAAGCCUGGUAACUACUUGAUUCGGCACGAACUCAUAAAUCUCGAGGCAAGCCUGCAGUUCUACCCUGAGUGUGCACAGCUAGAGGUCAUUGGGGACGGCGAUGCUAUCCCCUCCGAGGAUUACCUUGUCGAAUUCCCUGGUGCAUAUAGCGCGGAUGACCCUGGUUUAUGGAUGGCGGGCGAACUGUAUAACCCCAAAGUCGGACACAGUAUUUUUAACUAUACUAUACCCGGCCCCAAGGUCUGGGAUCCUUCAAAGGCUUAA